AUUCACCUCCAAUCAGAACAAACCCUUGGCUGCCCAAUAUUUGUCCGGGCAGUUACCUUUCUUCAUCCAUCACCGUCCGUCGUCGUUAUUUGACUGACCUAAAAUCCCGGGCAACUGUACUUUGAGUCCCAACUCUACCAGUAGCUUCAACUACCUCCAUAUUCUUCUCCAGACAACACUGCAGUUCAGUGCAUUGUAUGGUACACAUAACACAUUACCAAAAUAACCAAUAAUAAUAUAUACUUUAAAUAUGCCAUUAAAUUAUUCGUAAAAUUAAAAAUAAUAGCGAAAAUUCUGUCACUUCACUAUAAAUUGACCCCAAAACUAUAUUGAUUGGAAGUCAAUUGUGGUUGUUGACAUCUGAUAUCUGAAUAAUUCCAUGGCUAUCAGAGACUGAGAAAAUGGAUUUGUAGCUUCUUCCCUGAGUACGCGUUUUGGAGUUUUUGAACUUCUUAUAUUCCAGAUUUGAUUUUUUUCGGGAAGUGUCAGAGGGAGAUAAUGUGGAAGGCAGCUCGAUUCGCCGCGUCUAGUCUUCGCCGAUCGAGGCGUUUAUCGACUGCGAUUCCUGGUCCCUGUAUUGUCCAUAAGCGUGGUGCUGAUAUUCUCCAUGAUCCCUGGUUCAACAAGGAUACUGGGUUUCCUUAUACUGAGAGAGAUCGGCUAGGGCUUCGAGGACUUCUUCCACCUCGUGUCAUAUCGUUCGAGCAACAAUAUGCUCGUUUCAUGGAGUCGUAUCGGUCGCUGGAGAAAAAUACUCAGGGCCAAAAGAACAGUGUUGUUUCCUUGUCUAAAUGGAGGAUCUUAAAUAGACUGCAUGACAGAAAUGAGACUUUAUAUUACCGAGUCCUUAUCGACAACAUCAAAGAUUUUGCUCCGAUUAUAUACACUCCCACUGUAGGAUUAGUAUGUCAAAAUUACUCAGGGUUAUUUAGAAGACCACGUGGAAUGUACUUCAGUGCGAAGGACAAAGGGGAGAUGAUGUCAAUGAUCUAUAAUUGGCCAGCUCAGGAGGUAGACAUGAUAGUCCUGACUGAUGGUAGCCGUAUCCUUGGCCUGGGUGACCUUGGUGUUCAGGGGAUUGGAAUACCUAUCGGGAAACUUGAUAUGUAUGUUGCUGCAGCCGGUUUCAACCCACAGAGAGUACUCCCUGUUAUGCUAGAUGUCGGAACUAACAAUCAGAAGUUACUUGAAGAUCGUCUUUAUUUAGGACUUCGACAACCUAGGUUGGAAGGAGAAGAGUAUCUAUCAAUUGUUGAUGAGUUCAUGGAAGCUGUUUUCACACGUUGGCCGAAGGCCAUUGUGCAGUUCGAGGACUUUCAAAUGAAGUGGGCUUUUGAAACGCUGCACCGCUACCGUAAAAAGUUUUGUAUGUUCAACGAUGACAUACAAGGAACUGCAGGAGUGGCACUCGCGGGACUAUUGGGUACUGUAAGAGCUCAAGGUCGACCAUUAUCUGACUUUGUGAAACAGAAGAUAGUUGUAGUCGGAGCUGGGAGUGCAGGGCUUGGUGUUCUUAACACGGCCAUACAGGCUGCAGCAAGAAUGACAGGGAACGAUGAAACAACUGCUAACAAACUAUUCUUUUUGCUCGACAAAGAUGGUCUUGUAACUAAACAGAGGAAUAAUCUUGAUCCUGCAGCUGCACCAUUUGCUAAAGACCCUUCAGAGAUUGAUGGGCUUAGGGAGGGAGCUAGUCUUGUUGAAGUGGUUAAAAAAAUCCGGCCCCAUGUGCUUCUUGGUUUGUCUGGAAAAGGUGGUAUUUUCAAUGAGGAGGUGCUUAAGGCAAUGCGCGAUUCAGAUUCAAGUAAACCUGCCAUUUUUGCUAUGUCAAACCCCACUAUGAAUGCUGAGUGUACUGCUGCUGAUGCUUUCAAGCAUGCUGGUGAUAAUAUAGUUUUUGCAAGUGGCAGUCCUUUUGAAAAUGUUGAUCUUGGCAACGGAAAGAUAGGAUAUGUAAAUCAAGCGAAUAACAUGUACCUGUUCCCUGGAAUUGGUUUGGGAACACUUCUCUCUGGCGCUCAUUUUAUCUCAGAUGGCAUGUUACAGGCAGCUGCUGAAUGCCUUGCCUCUUAUAUGACAGAUGAAGAUAUCCAAAAGGGCAUACUUUAUCCAUCUAUUAACAGUAUCCGGCAUAUCACGACAGAGGUUGGAGCUGCUGUUGUGCGAGCAGCUGUUGAAGAAGGAUUGGCUGAAGGACACGGUGAUGUGGGGUACAGAGAGCUCAAACACAUGUCAAAAGAGGAGACAGUAGAAUAUGUGACACGUAACAUGUGGUUCCCUGUUUACAACCCCCUUGUUCAUGAAAAAUAAGUCAAUUAAACUUUACCCUUGUAUCUUUUUUAUUUAUUUUUUCAAGUGUCAACUGUUUUUGUAUGUGACGUCGUACUUUUUUCUCUGGGGCUAUUUAUUGGCAGCAAUUUGUUGGUCCUAUGUACUUCUGAAUCCAUAAUUUUGAAGCCCAGAAAAGAAAUAAGCCUUCUCACUUAUUAUUA